AGAAAAGUGAAAGCGGGCGGGAAUAUCUGCUGCUGGUGAAAGACCAAGACAAAUUUGCCGCUGCUGUGUGGAGAACAGAAAAGGAGUGUUGUCGUCCGACGAACAUUGCCUUUUCCUCCAAUGCACAAACGCCCACCGGCAACCACCAACGAUAUGCUUUAGAUGAAUGACAAUGGGCUUUGCCGAUUUUGUUUUGUGGCUCCUGAUGGUGCUCUGCUUUGGUGGACAACAUACAUUGAGCGGUUUUAUCGAAAUGGACUGUAAGGAGAGCUUGGGCCAGUACGGUCAACCAUCUGUGGUGGAAUGCGAGAUCAAGAUGGCCCCAGAGGCCAAAGACGAUAGCGUGCGCAUCGUCGUGUGGAAAAAAGGCGUCUCGAUCCUGCUGAAGUUUCACGACGAUCAAUUUGAUCCCACAUUGCCGCCGGGCUAUUCAUUGGAGCCGUCGUGGAAUAGCAAGUCCUUGAACGUGUCCCUGCUAAUCGCCAACACCUCUGUGAUCAAUCACGGCAACUAUUCGUGCUUUGUGAUGACCGAGAGCGGAACCGCAAACAAGUCAGCCAGCCUUCAUGUCACAGCCAAAUACAAGACACCGAGCAUCCACACCACCACGACAAACGUCGGCUCACCCUCGCGAGUCACCCUGACAUGUCGCUCGGAAGGCGGCUACCCCAAGGGCCGGUUGGGUUGGUUUGUCGGGACGACAGGGCAGGAGGAAAGUGCUGAAACUGUGGCCGAGGCGAUGGGAAAUGGACUCUUCAGCCUUUCCAGCAAGCUGACUCUGUCGCUAGGGCGGGACCCCUCCACGUACACGUGUAUGGUGUUCAACGCCAGUGGCGGCAAAGACAGCGAGGCCAGUGUGGUGCUACCUGACCAUGUGCAGGUUGCAGGGAUAGAACAAGAGCCGCAAGCUAAAGACUCGGAUGUGGCGCAUAGAGUCGUGGCACCGUUGGUGGUCAUCGGGUCGCUGAUUGUUGGACUGCUGCUGUUUUGGGUGAUCAGGGGGCGACCUUGUAAAAGGGCACCGGAGGCAGCGGAACCGGAGGUACUGGAGGCAGUUGAAACAGAUCAAGAGCAAGGUAAUUCACAGGAUCCCCUUAUAGUGACUUCUGAAUAUCAGGAAAGCAACCCAUAAGGAAAUACUCUAUACGAUGUCUUCACUGAUUUACCGACAAAAAAAAUCACGAGUCGGCAUUCCUCCCCUCUGCAUUGAGCCUCAGCUAUGCUUUGCACUCAAUAAGUUACUCUGCAUAAAUUAUGAUUGUUCACUUGAAAACUGAUUUUGAAUGGGUAAGAGAGCAAUCUGUGGUGUGAAGCGCACAUUUUAAAAAGGAAGCUAUUGGAAUGAAUUCAAACGUUCCAUCGCACUCAUUGGUUGACUAAAUAUUAGUUCACCACACUUAUCAAUAAAAGAAAUCAUUGGAUGCUCAGUAAGACAGAAAUCAAUGUGAAAAUAUCAAGAGUGACUACAGAGGUUGAAAACGUUUACAGAGACUGGAAAGUUCAGAUUACAAAAACACGUACCAUGCAGUUUCUGUUGUUUUCUUAAUCAGUAUCAGGAAGUGUGUUUGAAAUCUCUUUCACUUUCUAUAUCAACUUGCCAUGGUAAAUAUAGCAAAAGAAUUCUAUUCGUAACACUUUAACACUAAUUCUUGUGUAAAUCAAUGCUCAGCAUUUUAGGACUAUAUGUAGCAAUACCUGGAAAACAGACAAAAUAAAUGACUGCCUGUUUCCAGGUCUAAUAUGCCUUUCAAAGUACUCACAUUUUUUUCUAUUCUAUGAGAAAAAGCAUCACCAUCAUUUGCUUAUGUGUAGAUAAAACAAUUCAAUUCUGUUUUUUUUUUAAAAAUUUUAAUUUAAGUUCUUGUGCUACCUUGUUGUGUAGUAGCACCCACAAAGUGACCCAUUUUGGAAACCAAACACACCUCAUUUAUAGAUGACAUAACAUUUUAUCAGUAUGUGCAAAAGUACAAGAUUGAAGUCCAUCACAAAAUGAAUGAAUCAUUACAACUUGACUAACCACACUGAUAGGAAAGUGGAUUUGUCCAUGUGUUUGUUUUUAAUCUGUACAGUUUCGAGAUUUGAUGUUUGCUUUUAUAUGCACGACGCAAUGCAGACUUUAUAAUAAAUGGGAUUUGUCUUUG